UCUCGGCGGCAGGAAAUGGAUGCAGCGAGGUCCCUGUGGGUACCCUAGGGCAUCGCGCGAAGCUGCUCAGCUGGUCCAACCGGGAGCGCGGGCAGAACCCCGGGCUUAGCGCUCUUCAAAGUCCCCAGCCAGUCCCCACCGGGCACCUGGCCGCGCGCUCGGCUCUCCCGCCGCGGGGAUGGUGCCUUGAGCGGCUGACCACCCUCCACUUCCCGGAGAACGUUCUCUGCUGCCCAUCACCGCAUGCCAGCCCAGCCGGAAAACCGAGGGCUCAGCACACAGUCCUCACCACGCCUCUUCUGCACAGCAUCACAGGCUCCUGUCUUCCUCCAGGCUUCCAGAACCUCUGAGGCAGAAGGCCCCCGGUCCUACCUCAUGUUUGGGGCAUCUUGCUAGCUAUGGCCCCAGUCCUCGGCUUCUUCCUGCUGCUGGGGCUGUGUGGGGACACCGUUUCAGACGGGUCGCCGCCAUCCACCAACAGUUUUGAUGGUUUGGAAUUUGAAUUUCCUCCAACAAACUAUGAGACCGAAGAUUCUUAUGAAGCUGGACCCAUUGGCAUCCUCUUUCAAAUGGUGCGCAUCUUUCUCCACACUGUGCAGCCCCAUGCUUUCCCUGAAGAUAUUAUAAGAAAAAUUCUACAGAAGAAAUUUGACCUCUCAAAGGACUAUGAUAAGAUUAUCUACUAUGAGAUCGGAAUUAUUACCUGUGCUGCCCUGGGAUUGCUGUUUAUUAUCUUGAUGCCCCUGGUGGGGUUUUUCUUUAGUGUGUGUCGUUGCUGUAACAAGUGCGGUGGAGAAAUGCACCAGCGACAGAAGAAAAAUGGCACCUUCCUUAGGAAAUACUUUGCAGUCUCCCUCUUGGUGAUUUGUAUAUUUAUAAGCGUUGGCAUCACCUAUGGUUUUGUGGCAAGCCACCACAUGAGGACUCACCUCAGAAAGACUCAGAAAUUGGCAGAAAGCAAUUUCAACGACUUGAGAACGCUGCUGAACACCACUCCAGGGCAAAUCGACUAUGUACUGGACCAGUACACUAUCACUAAGGCAAAGGCAUUCUCAGAUCUGGACAAUGUUAAAUUAUUGCUGGGAGGCAGCAUUUACGAAAAGCUGAGACCCAGGGUGGUCCCCGCGCUGGAUAAUGUCAAGGCCAUGGCAGACGCCAUCAGAGAGACCAAAGAAGCCCUGGUGAUGGUGAACAGUGUCUUAAUGGACAUGAAACAGUCAUCCGCACAUCUGAGUGCCAACCUGAGUGACAUUCAGAAGGACCUGGCGCAAUCCCUCAAGGACCCCGCGUGCCGUGUGCCUUCAGCAGCCACCACUUGCGACCACAUCAACAGCUCUCUAAGCUACCUGGAUGUCAGCGUGGACUUCAGUCAGCUCCCACCUUUGGAUAAGCAAAUUGCUAAUAUUACUGAUGUUCUUCAAACAAAUUUGUCCGGCUUGAUCCAAGAGGGCUAUAGAUCUUUUAACGAUAUACCUGAGACAGUAGAAAGUAAAACCACGAACGUCAUAUCAGAUAUCAAGAGGACCUUGAAUUCCAUUGGCUCAGAGAUCACUAAUAUAAGCAAAAAGAUUCCUGUUCAGGAUAAGCUGUCAAAUUUCAUUCACUACAUUAAUAACACUGAAGAUUACGUCCACCGCUAUUUACCCACUUUGGAAGAAUAUGAUUCGUACAGGUGGCUGGGUUGCUUGGUCGUCUGCUGUUUGCUGACCCUCAUGGUGAUUUUUUAUUGCCUGGGCUUACUGUGUGGCACGCUGGGCUAUGACCGGAAAGCUACCCCAACCAGACGAGGCUGUGUCUCGAACACCGGAGGCAUCUUCCUCAUGGUCGGGGUUGGAUUCAGUUUCUUAUUCUGUUGGCUACUGAUGACCAUCGUGGUUCUUACUUUUGUGGUUGGUGGAAAUGUGGAAAAACUCGUCUGUGAAUCUUACCAAAACAAAAAGUUAUUCCAGGUUUUGGACACACCAUAUUUACUGAAUGAGAAUUGGAAAUACUACCUCUCUGGCAUGAUGUUUGACAAACCAGACGUUAAUCUCACUUUUGAACAAGUUUACAGUGAUUGCACGGAAAACAAAGGCAUUUAUGCCACACUUAGGCUGGAGAACAUCUACAAUAUCAGUAAACAUCUCAACUUCCAAGAGCGUAUGGGAAACAUAAACAGUAAUUUUGAAACUACAGACAUCAGAAUUGAGAACGUAGUUCUGCUGGAUGAGGCAGGAAGAAAAAACCUUAUGGAUUUCAGCUCUUCGGGAGUAGACAGAAUAGACUACAACGCCUUCAUGAAUGCGACCAGUAAACAUCCCACAAAAGUGAAUCUUUUAUCCUUUGCCGCUGAUCUAGAUAUAAAAGCCAAUCAUUUGCCCCAAGGAGAUUUGAAACAGUCCCUGAAAAGAAAUGCACAAACCUUGAGAACGAUUCACCGCAUCAGAAUCAUUCCUUUGGAAAAAUCAAUGACCACUGUGUACCAAACCAUGAGGGGACUUCAGUACAAAAACAGUGGAUUGGGGGUAAAAGUGGCCAAUGUCAUUUUCUUUCUGAAUACUGCUCAGGACUUCCUCAAAAACCACACCUCCAUGAUUACUGCCGAAGAAAGUAAGAAGUUUGCCACUAUGAUACUGGGAUACAUUGAGCACUAUCUGCAGUGGGUCAGGAUCGCCAUCACCGAGCAGGUUGCAGCCUGCAAACCAGUGGCCACUGCUUUAGAUUCCGCCGUUGACGUCUUUCUGUGCGGCUACAUUGUUGACCCCAUGGUAAGAAUUUCGUCUUUCAAAAUAAGAAGACACGAUAAACUCACUAUCUUUGAUUUUUUUUUUCUUCCAGAUUGUGGUACACGCUAUAAUGUGAAAUAGAUUUUUGCUCGGGUC